GAAGUUAUGGCCUUAGAGUACUUAGUUUCAAAUGGCGACCCCAUGUCCCUGGGUUUUCUGUCAACUAAGCCGAAAAUGUUCUUGGCCGAACUUGAAAACGAGGAGCUGAUUAAAGACGCGCCUGGAGAAAUGGUUCUUCCUUCAGUUGAAAGACCACUCGAGUUUUCGAAGUCAGUAUGCAAAGAUAACCCGGCUAUCAAAUUCAACAAAGGAACGACAACGCUGGCCUUCAAAUUCAAGCAUGGUGUUGUUGUUGCAACUGAUUCUAGGGCCACUGCUGGUGCUUAUAUUGCAUCCCCUACGGUGAAGAAAGUUAUCUACAUCAACAAGUAUUUGCUGGGAACAAUGGCUGGAGGUGCCGCUGAUUGCCAGUACUGGGAGCGAGUUCUUUCCCAGCAGUGCAGACUGUAUGAGCUCAGAAAUGGACACAGAAUAUCGACUGCUGCCGCCUCUAAGAUACUUUGCAAUAUCGUCUACCAGUACAAAGGCUAUGGUCUUUCAAUGGGAACUAUGAUCGCAGGAUGGGACGCCAAGGGCCCAGGACUCUACUACGUCGACGAUGAUGGAACCCGACUGACCCACAAUCUUUUCAGCGUAGGAUCCGGAUCCACUUUCGCUUACGGUGUACUAGAUUCCGGAUACAGGUGGGAUCUUUCGGUUAAAGAGGCUCUAGAUUUAGCUACCAAUGCGAUUUAUGUUGCUGGAUACAAAGACUCAAUGAGCGGUGGGUUCUUGAAUUUGUGGCUGAUGAAAGAAGACGGAUGUGAACAGAUUGCGUGGAAGGAUUUGAAAGAUAUUUACGAUGAGAUUGAAGCUCGUGAGAGUAAAGCCUAAAGCAACUUUGAUUGAAUGUUAGACGAUGUAAUUAUGAUUUAGAGUGGCGACUCCUUUUGAUUUUAGCUGAUGUAAUGAAAGUAUUAUAAUUAAAGCUGCUCUGACCUGA